UGUUCUCGACGCAGUUCAGUUAUGCUCAGGUUCCUGUUGUUGACGAGCCUCGCCGCCAUGGCGAUGGCGAAGGUCAGGUUUCUGGAGGACAUCGAGGGGAGGGUAGUGGGAGGAGAGAAUGCCAAGCCCAACUCCUGGCCCUGGCAGAUCUCUCUUCAGUACCAGUCUGGCUCUAGCUUCUACCACACCUGUGGAGGCACCCUGAUCAGACCUGGAUGGGUCAUGACCGCCGCCCACUGUGUCGACAGUGCUGGCAGAGUGUACCGUGUUGUCCUGGGAGAGCACAACCUGAGGGUGAAUGAAGGCACUGAGCAGAUCAAGCCCGUGCAGACCAUCUACAUCCACCCCAAAUGGGACUCCUCCAGGGUCGCUAAUGGAUUUGACAUUGCCCUGCUCCGCCUCGCCUCUGAUGCCACCCUGAACUCUGUCGUGCAGCUGGGAACUCUGCCCCCUGCUGGCCAGAUCCUGCCUCACAACAACCUGUGCUACAUCACUGGCUGGGGACGCACCUCCACUGGUGGGCCUCUCCCUGACAUCCUGCAGCAGGCCGUGCUCCCUCUGGUGGGUUAUAAGGAGUGCACUGCUCCCGACUGGUGGGGCUCCACUGUCAAGGACACCAUGGUGUGUGCCGGAGGUGCAGAGAAGGCCGGAUGCAACGGUGACUCUGGUGGCCCCCUGAACUGCAUGGUCAACAACAGAUACGAGGUCACUGGUAUCGCAAGCUUUGUGUCCGGUUAUGGAUGCAACUACCCCAAGAAGCCCACCGUCUUCACUCGCGUCUCCGCCUACAUCGACUGGAUGAACUCGAUCAUGAACUGAAGAGUUAUGGAAUCUUGGGGAUAGAAGCCAACCUUCUCUUACGAGUUUCACAAGUCUGAUUAAAUAAAACACAUA